AUGCAAGCAGGACAGUCCGCGGUACCAGUGAAACCCGACGGGUCGAAAAAACCCGAUCCAACCCCUUCUGCAAGUGCUAUUAUGGGAGAGAUGGCGCAAGUUUCUAUUAAUAGUAGAAUUCCAGAGUUCUGGAAAGACCAUCCAAGAGUGUGGUUUAUCAGACUUGAGGCGGUUUUGGCUUCCCAGAAAUUAUCAGAUGCGACCAGGUACGAUAUUGUGGUCGCGAAACUGGAGAAAUAUGUUAUUACUCAGGUUUCUGAUUUACUGGUCAAGCCUCCGGAAACAGAGAAGUUUGCUGCUCAAAAGGAGAGACUUUUAGAAAUUUAUGAAGAGUCGGAAGAGCGCCAAAUAAAAAAACUAAUCAGUGAUAUAGAAUUGGGGGACCAAAAACCGUCCCAAUUACUGAGACGGAUGAAGGACUUGCCAGGGCAAAAGAUACCGGAUGAUACAUUGAGAAUUUUUUGGCAAGGACAUUUACCAGCAUCUGUGCGUGGCAUUCUAGCAGUCACUGAAUCCAAAGAUCUAAAUAUUUUAGCUUCAGUGGUGGAUAAAAUUAUGGAGAGCCACGGUAGUGAAAAUUGCGCGUCGGAAGUAAGAGCUUCAACGAGUUCGUGCAGCACGGACGUUAUUUUAGGCGAGAUUGCCAAGUUAAAUCUGAAAAUCCAGAAUAUGGAGAGAUCCCGGAACAGGCAGCCUGGAAAUAAUGCUCCUCUCUUAGAAUCUAGUAACUAA